UUAAACAGGAGUUGUCUGCCUUACACCACGUUUAGUUCACUAACUGGCAUCUGGAGUGGUUUCUUGAACUUUGGAGUUAAUAAUAGAAUCUUCAGACGACGCCAUUUGCGCCAUUAGACAAGAACCAAAUUAUGUUAUUGGUGCCAUAGACGAAGAUGGAUUUUAAAGCAUAUGUUUUACAAGCAUCCCAUUUCUUCUCUGAGACAGAAUGGAGAGAGCGAAUUAAAUCUAUUGAUGAACCAGAUGACGGAGAUGACAACUGGGGAUCCAAUCUUCCCCAGAUUCUUUUAGAAGAUAUUUUUGCUCUUCUAGUUCCUAAACACAGACACGAAGCGUCGCAGGUAUGCCGAACAUGGUAUCAAGCUUUCUAUGCCCCACGAGUAUGGGGAACCUUCGUACUAAUGCAGACGACCCUCACCAAAAGGCGCUUCAACCUUUACAAAGGCUACCAGAGAGAACUCUGUCCACGAAAAACCCAAGUCUGCCUUCAUCGUGUUGGAUCGUUGUUUAAGAAGAUAAUUAUAACCCCACUCAGUGAUUUUUAUAAUCUUUACGAAUUUUUGAGAGUUUUGACAGCCUUUUUGGAUUGCCCCGAGGAAUAUCGAAUGCCUCUUCUGCACACGUUCGACUUCACUUUUGCUUGUGAAAGUCGGGGAAUGACGGGGGUUAUCGUUCAUGGAACUGGUGGAAAGAUUCUCCAAAUCUUGAAAUCACUUCUGUCAAACAUGCAUAGUCUAAAACACGUGAAGCUGAAUCAGCUUCUUCUGGAUGCCGAAGAGGUUCAGGGACUCCUGGAAUCCAUCGCAUUGAACUGCUCAGAGAGUCUUCAGACGUUAGAGCUUUUGAAUUGUUCCAAGGUCCCAUUGCCCAUGACCGACAUCUCACAAUUCAGUAACCUUAAAACAUUAACUAUUACUCCCCAGCACCUAGAUGAAGAGAUGCUGCUGCUGCUCGGUGGUAUGGGACUUAACAAACUCCAUAUCGUACAAGAUGCUUACACCUGUGAAACGGAAGCUCUGUCUUACGAAGUGUGGAAACUGGUGAAACAAAUGGCACCAGCCUUUCGGGUAUCUUUGUCUAUUCGAGGUAUUACCAGAAAAGAUAUAAUUAUUCAGCCCCAUGCUCCAGUAUACUCUGUCGUCUUCCGCACACCAUAUGCCAAAAUUAAUCUAGAUUUCGCAAGUAGCGUUUGUGAGUAUUACAAAAAGACAUUAGAGGUUUUCGCCCAAGAAGGUCUCCCGCGUAAUCACGGUAGCAGAUCGUUUGUUGAACGCGGAGACUCAACAUUCGUCCACCUUAUUCGACAGUGCCCGAGUCUGAAAACACUACUGAUAAGGGAAAGAAUUUCUACUGCGACGUUGCUCAUUAUAGCCAAGGAAGGAAAAAACCUCGAGAACUUAGUGGUAAGAGAAAAUGCUUUGAUUAAAAAGAUGGACUGGCCUAAAACUGCUGGAAUUUCGGAUGAAUUUUAUCGCUUCCUCAAAAGGAAUUCGCGAAAACAAGAAGAUGCUUCUCGGGAAGUUUCCAAAAUGCUCGGAAAACCAUGGAAACCGUUACGAGAUGAAGAAUAUAAGAAAGUUAGCAUAAAAUUAUGAGUUAAAUAGAGAUAUAUACAUUAGUGCGUGUCAUUUUGCCGUUGAUAUGAGUGAUAGAUUAUGUUUCGGUCAGUAAUGUCGUUUUAGCUUUAGCGUACUGUAAAAUAUGUGAUUUCACGACUUUUACAAUAACUAUAAAGAAACCCAACAUCUAUAUCACUAUAUUAUCUCGAAUAUAUUCAGCAUAUCAUCAUAUCUCGAAUAUGUGCAGCAUAUCUCGAAUAU